AUGCCCGAUCAUGGCGCUGCCGAGGAAAAUGUGCAGAAGGUCAUGUCAGCAACAGAGCACGUAGUGGCUUCUUCUCAUGAUUCACAACACUCCCAUGACUCUGAAGAUCGAGACUCAGAAGUCGACCAUGAGCCGAUUCAAGAACGUUAUGAAAACCCUUCGUAUUCUAGAUUCCGCCAAGUGGCUUCCAAAACAAUCGUUUCAUUUGGGCCUAGUGACCCAGACAACCCUGUCAACUGGAGAACGAGGAGGAAGUUUCUUGUUCUCGCAUCUGGUGUCAUGCAGGUCAUGAACAGCACUAUCGGCUCGUCGAUUUGCAGCAAUGCCAUCCCCCAAAUCGCCGAAGAAUUCGACAUUACCAACGAAACAGCCCUCGUUUUGCCCAUCUCCAUCUUCCUUAUCGGCUACAUUUUAGGACCAUUGCUAUGGGGCCCUAGCUCCGAGUAUUUUGGCCGGAAGCCACCCUUGCUCAUCGCUUAUGUUUUGUUCAUGAUAUUCACGCUGGCGUGCGCUGUUGCAGAUUCAUAUGCAUCUCUGCUUGUCUUUCGAUUAUUCAAUGGGAUGGUUGCGUCGGCGCCUAUCGCUACUGUUGGCGGAUUGUUUGCCGACGUUCAUGACGACCCAACACUGCGAGGCCGCCUGAUGGCUUAUUUCAUGGCUUGUACAACCUUCGGGCCAAUCAUCGGACCUUGGCUAUCUGGCUUCGUGGCAGUUGUCAGCUGGCGUUGGUGCUUUUGGAUUGGACUCAUCCUGUCAGGCGCUAGCUUGCCAUUGGUUAUCUUCAUGCCUGAGACUUAUGCCCCGGUCAUUCUGAAACGUCGUGCACACAAACUACGCAAAGACACCGGCAAUUCAAGUAUCGUCUCGCCAUUGGAUGUUCAAAGUCGCAAUCUGCGAGAAAUGCUUCUUAUCACGAUCUCACGACCCUUCCGCAUGAUUAUUCACGAGUAUAUUGUUUCUCUGACUUCGUUGUAUCUUGCUUUGGCAUACGCAAUUUUCUACCUCUACUUUGAGGCAUAUCCAAUCAUCUUCCAAGGUAUCUACAAGAUGAGCCCUGGUGUGUCUGGCUUGAUGUUUCUACCUAUCGGAAUCGGCGCUGUCCUUGCCUGUGGAGUCUUCAUAUGGUACGACGGCUACCUAGCCAGGGCAAAGGCUCGCAAUGCCAGCUGGGCCUUCGUCGAGGAAUACCGCAGACUCCCUCUCGCCUGCCUUGGCGGACCCUUAUAUGUGAUAUCUCUUUUCUGGGUAGGCUGGACAGCCUCGCCGAACAUCCAUUGGGUUGUACCCUUCCUCUCUGGCAUCCCAUUCGGAAUGGGCUACCUCUUAAUUUUCAUGGCUAUGCUGAACUACCUGACUGAUGCCUACGAGACCCUUUCCGCCAGUGCACAAUCCGCCGCAAGUUGCACACGAAGUAUCCUGGGAGCUGUGCUCCCACUAGCAGCCAAGCCGAUGUUCAACCGGCUCGGCGUGCCUUGGGCCUGCAGUACGAUCGCCUUCCUUAGUCUCGGUGUCUCGGUGAUCCCGUUUGCUUUUAUUCGCUACGGUGACCGCAUCAGAGCAAAUAGCAAGUUCUGCCAGGAGCUCAAGCGUGCUAAGGAGGCUGAAAAAUUGGAGCUGGAGAGAGAGGAUCGCCUGGCGUACGGUGAUGACACCCUUGCGCCUAUCCCGUCUCGGAAUACUGGUAUCUCGAUGACGAGGAUUGAUACUUCUCGCACCGACAAAGCGUCGAUUAUUUGUUGA